UCGAUGACAGCAGGAACAGCUGAUCACGCUAUUUUGCACUUUGAUCGGCCGUUGCUACCAAAACGAUGUUGAAACCUACUACAUUCCAAAUAACCAGAUAAACAAUGGACUUUCGAAAAGCCCGUGCCAGGCAGCCGGAAAUCGUGCGAUCCGUGCAAAAAGAUGCUCGAUACACCAACGAGCUGGCCGAGGACUUCUCGGAUGUCCUACGCCUCACUGGCCCACGAAAUUGGAUUAAAUUCAAUCAAAUGUGCAAAUUGCUGGCGGAGCUUAGUUAUCACGGAUUCGCCUCGGUAAACAGCCUUCAGACGCUGGGCGAGGAGUACACGGGCAUCAUACAAGUGGAUGGCAACUACAAGCAAAUACCCAGUCGACUGAUGCAACUUCUUGCCAUUGUCCUAGAGUUUGGUGGAGAUGCCCUGUUCAUCCGAUUACUGCAAAAGCUGGACCUGUAUAUAGCAAAUCACGAGGAGAUUCGUCCCGAAGCCAAGCUUCAGCUGAAGAAACUCAUCCAUCGCCUGAAACAGUCGCCCAGCUAUAUAAAGGCCCUGCACAAGUCGCUCUUUUACCUGAAUUCCAGCAAGUACCAGUUGUCCAAGCGCACCACUGGCAUCAACUACGUACUUAUCCGCCACUGGCUGCAGCCAGAGUUCUCGCUGUACGGCUACAAGAUCCUGGGCGUCAUCACAUUCCUCCAGGUGACCGUCUCCCUGGCCAUCAGCAGCUGGGAUGCCUGGCGGGAGCACAAGCGUCAGCAGCUAGAAACCCUCAAGCAGACGGGUAAACGUUUCCUGCAUCGUGCAUCGAGUGUCAAGUCGUCGAAUCACGAUGCCCCUCAGUGCAUACUCUGUCUGGAGCCGCGCACCAACUGCAGCCUGACACCAUGCGGCCACAUCUUCUGCUGGAGCUGCAUUCUGGAGUGGCUGGAGGAGCGCGACGAGUGCCCGCUGUGCCGCGAGUCUCUAAAGAAGUCGCAAGUGAUACAACUACAGAAUUACGCCUAGGAUUAUAUUUGUAUUUUGAUUUAUUUAAAACAAUUAUAUGUAUAUACAUUGUA